AUGGUGUUGAUUUCUAUGUCAAGUAUGCUUCUACUAUUGGGUUUGAUGUUCGUCGUAGCACGGAAUCAAAAGGAUAGGGAGGGUAAGGUCUUGAGCAAGUAUUUGGUGUGUUCUCGCCAAGGUUUCAAGCAGCCUACUAAGGAGGUUUGCCCGAUAGAGGAUGGGGUUGAUGGCACUUCCAUAUCGCCAAAGAGACGUCGGGUUACGAAUAGGGUUUGUUGUAAUGCCAAGAUCAUUUUUAAGUUUAUGGGUGAUGGGGGUUAUUCUGUGUUUUCUUUGGAGGUAAGGCACACACAUUGUUUGUGCUCAGAGGCGUCUAAGUCAUUUAUGAGGGUUAAUCGUAAGUUGAAUUUGGGCCAUCAAAGCUUUGUUGCCAAUUGCGCGAGAGCGAAUAUUGGUCCAAUCAAGUCGUUUAAGCUUUACAAACAGAUGGAGGAGGAGUAUGCUGAUGUUGGGGCUACCCGUGUAGACUUUCAGAAUUUUAAGCGGGAUUUAAUGGCAUAUAUUAGUGGGGGUGAUGCGCAAUUGAUUGUUGAAAAGUUCCUUCAUAAGAAGGAGUUGUGGUCUACAUUUUUCUUUGACUAUGAUGCGGAUGAGUAUAAUCAACCCUCGCGUGUGUUUUGGGCAAACCCGGUUACUCAGCAGAAUUUUGCGUGUUUUGGUGAUGUCGUCUCCUUCGAUGCGACGUAUAAUCUUAUAUUUGUACCAUUUACUGGCAUGGAUAAUCACAAGAAAUCUGUGACGUUUGCUACGGGGUUGAUUGCAAAGAAAAAUAUUGACUCCUAUGUGUGGUUGCUUGAUAAUUUCAAACGAGCUAUGGGUCACGAGCUAACAUACGUUGUCACCGAUCAAGACCCAGCUUUGCGGGUUGUUGUGCCGAGGGUUUUCACUUCUUCACGCCAUCGAUUUUGUAUGUGGCAUAUCAUGACAAAGAUCGGCGACAAGGUUGGUGCGGUGCUUGCAAAUGAUCAGUCAUUUCAUCGAGCUCAUAAUGAUGUUGUGCGGGAUGAGUGUAUAACGAUAGAGCAGUUUGAAUCUAAAUGGCUUGAGGCUAUGGAGGUGCAUGGUCUUGGCGAGCAUAGGUGGCUUUAG